UAAAACAAACGUCAACCACUCAAUUUGCGUUUGACCAAUUUGUAUCGUCAUUAACUCUUAACAAACAUGUCUGCCCAAACGCUUACACGAGCGGUUGCACUCACGCGAGUCUUGGGCCAGUCAGGCCGUCACUACCUCGUCGAACGCAUUCUUCAAGACAAACCUGGGAACCAGGGACGUGUGUAUCUCGCGACAUCUGGAGACCACAAGUACGUCUUGAAAAGUGUUGCGCCACGCGACUUCAAAUACUUUAAGGAUAUGUUCGACGACCUUCGGAGCUCACCCUACCUACGCGUGUCUGUCGAUGCCUGCCCCGACGAAUCCGUGUUCGUAUACAAGUACCUUCGAGACCACCUUCUGUCUUUUGUCCAAAAUGAAGUUCCGCUUCCCAUAACCAAGCGAAUUCUCCGAGAUGCCCUGCGUGGAAUCACUACUCUGCAUGGUAAAGGAAUUAUUCAUACCGAUAUCAAGGCGAACAACAUCUUGAUAGAAUGGAAGGACCAGGGUGGCGAGAUAACAGUGGAGCAAGUGCAGGUUGCGGACAUUGAGGAUGCGGCCUAUGUACCAAAAGAUUGUGUUAUCAAGGGAAGACAAGUUGGAAAUUGGAUGUGGCGAAGUCCAGAGGCGCACGCAUCGGCUGAAGUGCACACGCCGUCAGAUAUGUUCUCUUUUGGUCUUGUGCUCACGACACACCCCUCUUCAGGAGAAUCCCAGUCCACAUGUCUGUUCUCGGACAUCUGUGAGCCGCUGACGUGGCUGGAGAACUCGGGACCAGGUAUCCAAUCCAUGUCCGAGACAGGAAACUGUGAGUCGCCGAGUGGGGUCCACAUUCAUCAUCCGUACGACAAGAUCCUUGAAGUCAGGGUCGAUGUCCUGCCACAAUGCAAACGGUCGUCUUGGAUUGUCCGCAUUGAAGUCCGCCGCUACCAUUGCAAUAAGUUGAGCCCAGGGACUAUUGCCAAGGUACCGAAUCAGACCGUCUAUACCUCUAGAUCAGAGAAGGUAUUUGCAACUGCUAAGGUCCUGCACAACUACCGCCGCUACAUUAAUGGCACACUCCGUGUACAUCCAGUGCAUGCCUCAUGAAAUGCCCAAUACCAUUUAACUUUUCAGAACAGGAAGGAUCGCGGCAUUUAAACUCACCCUGAUACUAGAGGUCCUUGAAAUGCACCUUCACGUGCUUCUUCAGGACGUCCUUUCGUGGCACAUGGUGCAGCCUCCUUUCGUGCGAUAAUUCUUCAUUCCCAAUGCAAAUAAGGCAGACCGGAUGAGGAGACACUUUCGGAAAUUCCUGCGGCGACUGGAUCUCCGUUGUCGUGUUACGUUGAAGUAGGUCAAGCUCUUGUAUAGGCUUAUCGAAGCGCCACAAUAGCUGCAGGCCUUGAGCUGCGCUGUCUGGGCACAUGACGUUACACAUACCGAGAAGAGUAACUCGGAUCUAUCGGCACGCCCCAGAUCGGCGCUCGUAUUAGACUAAUACCGUGGAGUAAACCUUCGUAAUGCCCC